AUGGACUCGGUCGUCCUCCUGCUGUCGGUCGUGUGUUUGGGCGUCUCCUCUCAGCCGAUCACAGACAGCCAGCGUUUGUUCUCCAUUGCAGUCAACAGAGUCACGCACCUGCACCUGCUCGCCCAGAGACUCUUCUCGGACUUUGAGAGCUCUCUGCAGACAGAGGAGCAGCGUCAGCUCAACAAGGUCUUCCUGCAGGAUUUCUGCAACUCUGAUUACAUCAUCAGCCCGAUUGACAAACACGAGACGCAGCGCAGCUCGGUCCUGAAGCUGCUGUCGAUCUCCUAUCGACUGGUCGAGUCCUGGGAGUUUCCCAGUCGCUCUCUCUCUGGAGGUUCCUCUCUGAGGAACCAGAUUUCACCAAGGCUGUCUGAGCUUAAAACAGGAAUCUUGCUGCUGAUCAGGGCCAAUCAGGAUGAAGCAGAGAAUUAUCCUGACAGCGACGCCCUCCAGCACGCUCCUUACGGAAACUAUUAUCAAAGUCUGGGAGGCAACGAAUCACUGAGACAAACUUAUGAAUUGCUAGCUUGCUUCAAGAAGGACAUGCACAAGGUGGAGACCUACCUGACGGUGGCUAAAUGUCGACUCUCUCCGGAAGCAAACUGCACUCUGUAA